ACUGUCAGGAAGUUCUUCCUAAUGUUUAGGUGGAAUCUUCUUUCUAGACUAUGUGUACUAGACUAUGCAUUAGUAUCAAAAACAACGCAUUGCAAAUAUACAAUGUCUGCUUUUGGCUGUGCAUUGAUGAAAUGACUACAGCGUAUAUGUCUCGUUAUUAUUUUUUGACAGGAGCAACUAUAUACCCUAUUUUUCCGUCUAUAUUUAAGAUGCCCCCAUGUAUAAGAUGCCCCCUAUUUUUGGGGACUCAGAUUUAAGAAAAUGGGGGGGGGAGAUGGCCCAGAGUAUAAGACGCCCCCUAAUUUUUGACGUUAUUUUUUUUGGGGGGGGGGAACCUAGUCUUAUACAGUGGUACCUCUGGAUACAAACUUAAUUUGUUCCAGAGGUCCGUUCUUAACCUGAGGUACCACUUUAGCUAAGGGGCCUCCUGUUGCUGCUGCGCUGCCGCCGCACAAUUUCUGUUCUUAUCCUGAGGUAAAGUUCUUAACCCGAGGUACUACUUCCGGGUUAGCAGAGUCUGUAACCCAAAGUGUUUGUAACUUGAGGUGCUUGUAACCCGAGGUACCACUGUACAUGGAAAAAUAUGGUGUGUGUAUAUAUAUAUAUACCAUUCCCAACAUAAUGUCACACACAAGUGUGACCAACAAACAGAAUAUGAGAUUGAGCUAUCCGAACAGCAACAACAGGCUUGAUUCUGAAUGCCUGAGGUCCAGAAAACAGGUUUCUCUUCCCCGCCCGCCCCUCCACCAGUGGUGGGGCCUUGAGUGCUGUCCUUUACAUUCUUACAUUUACAUAAGUGCAUGAUUGCCAUUCAUUAUUGGGGGGGUGGGGAAUAAAGUGUUGCAUUUAGAGAGAGCAUUGCCGCAGCAGAAAACCUGUUCUCUUCUAUGGAUACUGGCCAGCCAUCAGCAAGAUCCCUCCUCUUCAGGGAGGGGGGACUUUGCGGGCGGGACCCGCUCCACGCACCGAGCAGGGGGGCGUGUUCGGCCCCCUGCUCCACCUAUACCUGCUGCCGCGCUCAGGGCCCUGGCUGGCCAAUAGGGCCAGCUUGUGGGCGGGGUUACCUGCUUCAAAAGAGCACGGCAGCCUACAGAUCUCCCCUUUUGCUGCUGCUCCUCAUCGGAUCUCCCGCCUACCCUCCCUUUAGGUCUUCCCUUAGGGUGUUCGCUUUGACCUUGCUAUGGACUUCGGUUGGUCGCCUUUGGUUGCCCAAGGGGCCUGGUAGGAGUUUUCUUUUUUAUCCGGUUGGCUAAUUGGCACCGGCCUCUUGGUUUUUUCCGCCUACCUCAUAGCAAUUCGUCACAACUUCUUCGGUAUUUGGCGGUAGGCAUUGGAAUAUGGAGUUGUCUGGUGUGUUCGAGGACUGGUUGUGGCCAUCAUCCAACCCUCCUCUUAUAGGGGUAUCCCAUUAAGGGAUCCGGAGGUCGUGGAUCCUGUCCGACGCCCUGCCGGUGGCUAGGGCCAUGGCACGACCCCCGGUGACACCAGGGGGAGCUUUCAGUUGUAUUUGCAUCAACAGGCUCCUUCCUCGGGGUGUUAACCUGAUAUGACCCCCCCGCUGAGUGGGGUGGAGUCACGCUUGCUAGUGAGUCCAAUGCCUAAGCCAAUACCUCUCACUUGCUCUAACCAAUAAAGUUGUGGCCUUAUUCUACCCAUUAACUCAAAUACCAUGUGUCACUGUGUCUUUAUUUCUUGCGGGGGGCGGGUCCUCGAACCUCAUGGGAGGGGGAGCUGGUAACCGUCCUCUGCACUCAAAAGUUUGCUUCAGGAUCUGCAGCAGAGAAGCAAUAGGAUGCUGAUUUGCAAACACAGGAGCAUGGAGAGGUGAAUCUUUCUCCCCAUCCCCUGGCAGAAUGCAGAUGGGAGGGAAUAAGUAUUCUUUAAUGCCUCUUCUCCCUGACAUACUCUUAGCUAGUCACUUACAUAAAAGCCAUUUCCUGACGUCCUUCAACUAUUGACCAAGCCCCGUUGUAAUGGCAGCCAAGAAGUGGAACCACGACAACAGAGUUCUGGAUGGGUUCAGUUCUUGAUUAGCUCCCAUGAAGUUAUCAAAGACAAAAGAAGUGGGCUGCCAUUAAUGGCAAACUUAUUUGAGGGAGCGAGGUCAAACCUCUCUCAUUCCGCCUUUCAAAAACUGGAGUAACAAAGAGAUAAGAGGUGGAUUUAGCAUCUGCUCAUGGUGUGCCUGAGAACACACUUCUUUUUUUCUCCCACGUAGGGGGAACGGCUGCAGUAAGCGGAUGCAUUUCAGGGGCUAGAAACCUCUGAGAUAACAAAGUGAAGCAGCGAAGUGAAACGAAAAUGUAGCCUGUAGCCACGCUUGUGUGUUGCUUGGGAGGGUGUGAACUGGAUCAGAGACUUCCUACUGAACGACUUGCUAAAGAUAUUAAAUUACCUUUAUGUAAGACGCUGGAAAGACAAAAAAACGGAAUAGAGAUGAAAGAAAGUUGUGUUUGGAAACCCAAGAAUUCAAAGCAGGUGGGAGCCUGUGACACUCCAGAUGUUAUUGGACAGGCAUCCCCAAACUGCGGCCCUCCAGAUGUUUUGACCUACCACUCCCAUGAUCCCUAGCUAACAGGACCAGUAGUCGGGGAAGAUGGGAAUUGUAGUCCAAAACAUCUGGAGGGCCGAAGUUUGGGGAUGCCUGUUAUUGGACUACGAAGUGUCAUACUCCCUUGCUGGGCUGAUGGUGGGCCCAUCCACACUUUCAUUUGCCCUGUGAUUUCAAGCCAUAGGUCUGAGAAAGUUUUAUUUUUAUUUUGUCUUGCCACGUUCCCCAAGAAAACAUGCUGCGUACUGCUGAAUUUCAACAAUCCCCAGAAAACCCAAUUGAUGUUUGUUCCGGUUCAACAGCAAACUGGAUUUUCAAAACAAAAUUAAAAAAUAAAUAAAAAAUCCUUCCAGUAGCACCUUAGAGACCAACUAAGUUUGCCAUAGGUAUGAGCUUUCGUGUGCAUGCACACUUCUUCAGAUACACUGAAACAGAAGUCACCAGACCCUUAUGUAUAGUCAGAGGGUGUGGAGGCUUAUUACUCAGAAGGGUGGUGGGAAUGGGUGAUUGGCUGAUAGGAGUGGUAAACCUGUUGGUGACUGUUAACGACUGCAGUAGGUCUUGCAGGAAAAAGCAAGGGCUUGAAGUGCUAAAGAAAGAUUUUCAAAGGGAAAGCAGAAGGACAAAAAACAGCAACACACCACCCUCUCAGAUCCAUGACUUGAAAUCAUGAGACAAUUGAACUGUGGAUGGCUUGAAGUUGAGAGUCCAACAACAUCUGGAAGGCUACAGGUUCCCAGCCUUUCUGUAAAUGAUCAGAGCAUGAAAUUAUGUCUCGCCUGAAAGUUACGGUGCAGUGUGAAGCAACAGAAGCGGAGGAUGUCUGGCUGUAGAAGUUAUUUCAUUCUUUAUUCAGAACUUUACCCAUAGUGUAAAACUCUGUUCAUUUAGGCUUGGCGAAAAAUCCUGCCUAAGGAGUCAACCAUGUAAGUGCUUGUAGGACUCGUUUUGACUGCAAGGUUUAAGUUCAUCAAGGUCAGCACUAUGACUGAUGGGGACUAUGACUAUCUGAUCAAACUCCUUGCCCUCGGGGAUUCUGGGGUUGGGAAGACCACGUUCCUGUACAGAUACACUGACAACAAGUUCAACCCCAAAUUCAUCACCACAGUAGGAAUUGACUUCCGGGAAAAGCGGGUGGUAUACAACAGCCGGGGGUCAAAUGGCUCACCUGGGAAAGCCUUUAAGGUCCAUCUUCAACUCUGGGACACAGCCGGGCAAGAAAGAUUCAGAAGUCUCACGACAGCAUUUUUCAGAGAUGCCAUGGGCUUCUUGUUAAUGUUUGAUCUCACCAGUCAACAGAGCUUCUUAAAUGUCAGAAACUGGAUGAGCCAACUGCAAGCAAACGCGUAUUGUGAGAACCCGGACAUUGUAUUAAUUGGAAAUAAAGCUGACCUGUCAGAUCAGAGAGAGGUCAAUGAGAGACAAGCGAAGGAUCUAGCAGACAAAUACGGCAUCCCGUACUUUGAAACGAGUGCAGCUACCGGCCAGAAUGUGGAAAAAGCUGUGGAAACGCUCUUGGACUUGAUAAUGAAACGAAUGGAACAGUGUGUUGACAAGAGUCAAGUCUCAGACACAGCCAACGGAGGAAAUUCAGGGAAGCUGGCAGCAGCAAAAUCAGAAGAGAAGAAAUGUGCUUGUUGAUUUAGCUCCUCAGACAGAGGGGAAUGAACAAGGAAUUGUCCUAUCCGAAAAUAGCAGACCCAACCAACCACCAAAUUCAACCCUGGAAGCUCUUGUGGUCCAUAUGGGGCAGCUGUUGUUGUCUUAAGCAAGGCCGAUUAUGUCCGAUGCUGAGAGAGUCAUGCUUCCAUGCUUACCACAGAUGUUAUCUGUACAAUGUCAUCUUCAUAGAAAACCCAAAGGCCUUCAUCUUCUCAAUACAACCAGGCCAGUAAAUAGAGGAAAGCCUUGCUUAUAUUGGGGAGAGGGUUGUUGAAAUGUUAAAUGAUCAAUGAAUCACACUUGUAGGCCCACUCAAUCACUUCUAGUCCUGUUGCCUUCUAUUACAAUAUACAUUAUGCAUUUGCUACAGAUGGUUUAUAAAAAGCAAAUGGAUAUUAAUGUACAGUAGCUUAUCAUAAAUGUCUUUGUAUUUUAUUUUAUUUUUAUUUUUUGUUAAUACCAAGCAGUCAUUGCUGUUGCAUUCAGCUGACUGAUGUCCCUGAUGAUCUCAGAAUAUUGCAUCCUCUUCCAGGAUAAAACUGAGGACCUGUGUAACAUUGGAACUGAUUGCCAAGUGGAAUUGGAGGGGUGUGGGCUAAAAGAGGAAGGGGAUGUCCAGGAAUUCUAGCACAGUGGUAGGAAGGGGCAGGUGCAUACUGCAAUGAAGCUUUUUUCCCCUCUAAACCAAAAGGUAUUGUCCAUGCUUCAGACACCAAGGCCAGCAUUGUCUCCCAAGAACGUGGGCAACAGAAUGACGAACGCUUUCUCUGGUGACACUGUAAUUGCUUUAAAGGAGUCUCUUUCCUCAGGUAAAGAGAAGACCAGUCCAUAUGAAUGCAGUUAGCUUUUCUAAUUAAUCUUCUUCCCUCAAUGCAUUAAAUUUUUUUUAUCUUUGUUUUACAAGUGGGCCACCUAAUAAACGUAAAACAGUUGAAUGCUGCUUCGGAGAAUGGAGUGUCACCAAAGCAAAACCUUUAUUAAAUAUAUAAUAUAUGGCUGGCACUUGGGAGCAUUUACAAUUCGCAAGGUAGGCUUAGGAACAGAGCAUCAAAGGGUGAUUCUGUUACUGUAGCUACGCUGCCAGCUGUUGAGUGGUGCCAAAUUGUUCUUUAAAGCCAAAUGUUGUCAUAGGGCUGUGAUGUAUUAAAACGUAUCAUUUGAAAUAAAAAAUCAGGUGUGUACCAUUCUUACAUGGUGCCACGUUAAAACAAAGUAUAUAUUGGUAAAGUCCUAGAGCUAUAUGGCUGUUCCAGCUUUGGCCCUGAAGCCAGCAAGAUCCCACUGGGGAAAACUGGAGAAGAGACUUUAAGCACCAUGUGGUCUUUGCUUUAUGGGCCAAACUAUUGGUCCAUAGUUUUAUUCAGGAUUCCUGCAGAGGUGAUCUUGUGCAGUACAAGGGCAAGAGGGUAUCUGGGCAGCCCAGUUAAUGUAUAAAGCUGAAACUGUAACAACAUGGAGAGUUGGAAGAUGACAUUAAGAAGAAAUGAUACGGAGGAGUUAGGCUUGCUUGCCAAAAAUCAUACUUCAUAGGUGGAGAAUUCUGAGGUGCCCGCUCUGAGAUCUGCCCCCUUCAUCCCUUGCUUAUUAAGAUGGCUCAGUUGAUGGACUCUUGCUGCAGAGCCUCCAAAUCCUGAAGCCAAUAUGAGCAUAUGGUAGUCUGUGGGAAAGAACUGUUGCACUAACAAGUUCCUCAAGGAAGGAGCAGGGGGGGGUGCAUGGAAAACUGCAGCUGCUAGAAUGCUGCACACGGAGAUUCUGCCUGACCUGCAGCAAGCAAUUGACAGGGCAUCUUUCAGAAAGAAAGAAAAACCCCAGUGGUAUUUUUAACUGGUAGAACCGUUCAUAAAACCUUGGUAGCUAUGCUUUUGGAAUUUUAUAUUUUUGCAUGCUAUUUUUUUUGGUGAAACAAAGGUGAAACAACAUACCGCAUGGGCUGUUAACGGUUCAGCACAAGAGCAGCUUUUCCUCCCUUUCCAUCUCAUAACUGACUGCUUUUUUUUAAUUCUGAGGACCAUUAGUGAGACUUCUCAAGCACCCUAUUUUAGGAAGCCCAGCUUUCCUUCUUUUUCCCCCAUGCUGCAUUUACUGUAAACUCCCUGUAAAAUUUGGAGAUGUCUUAUUUGAGAGGAAUCCCUCUGUACUUUUAAUAGCUGCAUGUUGGGGGGAUUUUGGCAAGCGUGGUUUCCUGUUAAGGACUAGAGUCCAGGAUUACUAUUUUUCCUCUUACAAUGGGGUGGAGAAUCUGUAGACCUCCACAUAUGAUAGCUGGAGAUCCAUGGGUUCCCCAUUUCUGGACAUCAGGGUACUAAAAACUGCUGAAUCCCAAGUGGUCUGUUGUGUUUGGCAUAGUAAGAAUCUAUAUGAGGUUUUCAGCAGUGCCUGUGCCGAUUUCAUUCCACAGCACAUCACUCAUCUUUUGCGGCACCUUCCCGGUGAUCCCCCCUCCCCAUCUCAUCAGAGCUGGAAAUGAGAAGGAGCAGGAAGGGUCAGAAUGACACCAGGCACCUUUAUGUAGGAAACUUAUCUUGCCCUCGCAGUUCUUACAUUGGCUGCUUGACAAAAUGAGCCUACGUACAACAGAGUACUUAAAACAGGCCAUCUGUGGUUCAUUGAUCAACAAUUGCCAGGGGGCACAGAAAAGUUGGUAUGAAAAUAAAGAGGUAAUUCCAGGCUUCCUUCUCCCUUUUUAAAAAAAUGUUGAUUAAAACGACGGAGUCUCUUGGAAUGUGUGCAGUGAAAUGUAGCUUCAUUUUGUGUGUCCUGGCAUGGGAUACAUCACUUUUCAAUGUCCCCCGUAGGGUCCAACAGGAACGCUACAACUCCUCAGGCGCUUUUGCAGUGCUUUCUUUUGAGUGCUUUCAAAUAAUCGGCCAAAGCAUUCCCCAGUCACCUCUGCAAUAUGGCACCACAAGCUUGAUGAGUUGUUCAUACUUAAUAGAUGAGGAGAGAAUUAACUCUGCCCUGGUGUCCCGGGAAUAUCCAUUUGCCUAUUGCAACAGCAUGGAGGAGUUUAUCAAUGUGGUUCUGCGUGACGGUCCUUUUAGGAUAAGUCCUUGGAGGAGGGAAAGUGUAUCCAAUUGGAUUCACGUGAGAAAAUUGAGUGUUACUGAGUGGUAACAGAUAUGUGGUGCACCUUAAAAAGGGUAUUCGAUCAAUACUUUAUAAGGGAAGCCCAUUCUCUCCAAAUGUGUGUUUGUAAAUUUGUCUUAAGACCCUUGUCUUAGAUCUACCAACGCACUGACUGCUAAGUUCACACCAACACUUAAAGCUGGUGUGGUAUUGCUAAAGCAGGGAUAAGGGACCUCUGGCCCUCUGGAUGUUGUAGGUAUACACCUCUCCCUCACUGGCACCAGCAUGAACAUUAGUCUGGGAUAAUGGGAGUUGGACUCUCAACAACAUCUGGAAGGGGGCAGGUUUCCUGCAUCUGUGCCAGAGCUGCAAUCUGAAGUCUCCUUUUCCUAGAAAGCAAAUGGUAGUCUACUGUGAAACUGAAUGAAAAGGACACCCCAAUUUUUUUCUUGGUAACCUCCUCGCAACUCCACAUUAGGAUCAGUACUUUUGUGGGCCAGAUGUGGAACCUUCUGCAGCUUUUUUUCAGGAGCAUGAGUCUUGCAUGGUUCUGUCUGCCUCCCCUUAGACAUUUAUUUUUUUUCUUUAUCUCAUUCCAGCACUUACGUUGGGAAAUGUCAAGCCAGGUAAAACAUAAUAUUGAGUCAAGCUGUGUGUACAACAGUUAUAGAAGCGAAGCAAGAAAAGCCAAGCUUUCACAGGAAGGGACAAAAAUGGGUGGGAGGUGGGUAGGGCCCUGCUAUCAUGUGGCAAGCGUGUGUGUGUGUGUGCUCUGCAAGAAACACAUUUUAAUUUUGACUCUGCUGUACUAUGACCUGCCUUCCCAUUUCAUAUCAUCUAUAUAAGACAAGGCCUGUACUUGGGUGGGGAGAUUAGGUCGUCCCAAGUUGUACAGACAUUCUUGCACUUUAAAUUUAAAAACAAAAUAAAACCGAAGCAUUCCUCUCUCCACUCGUUCAGAGAAAGGCAAGUUGCAUCACUUAUGUUCUACCCUUAUUUUCGGAACACCAAUUUACAUAGAUUCUUUAUGAAGCAUCUCCUAUAACUGCCUGUCCUCCCUGCACAAUAGGGCUUUCAGUGUAAAUAAUCCGAGGUACUUUGCCUAAGCAUAUUUAUUGAAAUGAUCCUUUUCAGAUUUUGUAUCCUUUGCCUUCCUGACUUAACACUAGCAACCUUCUAAUUGAUCAAUUGCUUUUUAAAAUAAAAUAAAAAAAGUUUUCUCUGUUAGAUUAUUCUGAGCAUGUUUUACGUUGGUCUAUGCGGCAGAUCUGUACAUGUUAAAAGAUUUACAUUCUUGAACGUGGACAUUUUGUAUUGUACGUCUCUCGAUAGACUGCGAUGCCAGCAUAACAAUGUCAGUCAUUACUUUGUUGUACCAAAGUACCUGUGGCUUUAAAACUAAAUAUCUAUAUAUUAUAUACAUACACAUUGUCAACUUUUAUUAACUAGUGUCUGGGUUUGUACAAUAUGGUCAAGGAAUGUAAUCUUGUGGUUUCAUAUCUGCACUGUCCUUUUGAAAAUUAAAAUAAUAUGUUUUUAA